AUGAUCGGUGCGACGAGGCGCUGGUUUAAGCGCAAUCGCAGAGGUCUUGCAAUCGGGGCCGGGGUGAUAGGAGCUGGCUAUUUGGCCGGGCAAUAUGUGUUAUCCAAGAUCUCCGAGGCGCGGGAGCGUAUGAGCAGCGAUAGGAUUGCUCGCGAAAAUCUCCGCCGACGAUUUGAACAAAACCAGACCGAUUGCACAUACACCGUUCUAGCCUUAUUGCCAACCGCCACGGAAAAUAUUAUCGAGGCUCUCCCAGUUGAGGAGUUGACCAAGGAGCUACAACAGAAGCGUGCGGAGAGGUUGGCUAGGCUCAAUGCUGGGGAGGCCACUGGGUCGGAUCUGAGCUCGGCACCUCCUAGUAUUCCAGAUGACGAUCGGAGAAGCCUCUCCAGUUUCCAAAGUGAGGCCUAUGUGCAUGCGAGCCAAAUCGGGGACUCUUCCCUGGGCUCGGAUGGACAGCCUCGGCCCAAGCGGAAUAAGACACAGCUGUGGAAUGAGGUUAAGAUUACCUCUAUCACUCGGUCUUUUACUAUGAUCUACACCCUCUCCUUGCUCACCGUCUUCACUCAUAUCCAACUGAACCUCCUCGGUCGCCGGAACUAUCUCUCAAGUGUGAUCUCUCUUGCUACCCCGCCAGUCAACGCGUCAACCAUUAGUCUUGAAGACCACGAUGACGAGCUCACACAAACAUUGGGGGAUGACUUCGAGACCAAUCGACGUUAUCUCGCCUUUAGUUGGUGGCUGCUGCACCGUGGAUGGAAAGAUUUGAUGGGUAGAGUACAGGCUGCUGUAGAAGAAGCAUUUGGACCUUUGAAUCCGCGUGAGGAUAUCAGCUUGGCCAAACUAUCGGAGUUGACCCUGCAGAUUCGAAGGAAGGUAGAAGGCAGCACAGAAGACGAGCGACGAUCCCAGAAGUGGCUCUCUUGCCUGCUCCCCCCGGCAGAGGAGGAAGAACAUGUCUUGCGCGAAUCAGGUGUGGAGGGCGUAGCGGAUCCAACCUCCUCCGAGACAGCAUCGAAGCUGCGUCACCUUCUGGAUGAGACAGCGGAUCUGAUCGACUCUCCCUCUUUCUCCUUGGUUCUCACUCUUCUCAACAACGAGGGAUUCUCAACUCUCAUCGAUCAAAGAUGUGCUGCUGAUGCGUUCAAGGCGCCUACUUCUGCCCCGGAGACUGCCCUGCAGUCCUUUGAUUCGAUUGCCACUGUUGUGCCACUAGCUGUCAACUCCGAACGCAAGACAAAGCUUGCAAAUCUCCUAGCGGUUAUGACUCGUCAGACACAUGUGAUUGGCAAUGGUUCCCAUCCACCAAAUGAGUACCUGGUCGCCAUGGACCAGAACGUGCGUGAGCUUGAAGCCUUUUCUGCCGUUGUCUACAGUUCGAACUUUGACCUCGAGCUUCUUGGUGCCAAGAACAAGGUAUCAUCGACCAGGGAAUUGGAUUUGGCUGAUAAUGAAACUGUUUCGUCCUCUUUCUCCCACGUGAUAGUUGAGAAGGAAGUUGAAGCUGAUCUGGAAGAUACUGAGACCAUUGAAUCACAAACACCUGGUGUCGAGCUCGAGGCUACGGCCUCUGUUGACCCCUUCACUGACUCGGCCUUCGAACAGGCCUGGGGCAAAGCCACAGAUGAUGGAACCGCCACCCCUUCAGAAGAGCCCCAGGCAACGCAAUGA